UCUGUAGCCUUCGCUCUUGGCGGCUUCGCAUCUUCCAUUGUGGGCAGUCUUUUCGGCCCUUUCUCGGUCAUCCUCUUCACUCGAGUUGUGCGUCUGCAACCCUCCUCCUUCUAUGCCGUGCAUGUCGUCUAUGCCGUCUGGAACGCCAUCAACGAUCCUCUCUUCGGGUGGAUGAUCGACCAGCAGGCCGACCGCUCCCACCGCCGCCUUCCUGUCCUCAAGUACGGGGGUCCCAUGUGGAGCCUGAGCUUCAUGGUCACGUGGUAUCCCUGGUCGUCGGACGGCAACUCAUGGGCGGCUGUCCUGCACUUCGCCAUGUCGAUGAUGAUGUACGAUGGCUUCCUGACCUACGUCAUGAUCACCAAGUGCGCCCUACUCGCGGACCUGUGCGUCGACUCCAGGGAGCGGCUGAAGCUCAACUGGUUCUCCUCCUGGUUCGGCUUGGUCGGCUCCUGCAUCGGGACGACGGCAUACUACCUGUGGGACGAGGACAACCUCGACCCCUUCCGGCGCUUCUGCUGGGGGUGCUCUCUGCUCUCUGCCAUGGCCUGGUAUGCAAGCGGCUCGAUGCUCGUGGUCCCGUCUUCUUGCUCCAGCGACCCCUCCUCCCACUCGCCCAGUCAAGCCAUGCUGACGGAUGUGCGGACGGAGGGUGAGAAGAGUCGAUGGGGGCUGCAGAGGUUGGGAGGAUGCAGGUUUGGCUUGCAGCGAUGGAUGGAAUUCGCUCGUCAGCUCCUACAGCAAAAGAACUUCGUGCUCUACGUCUGCAUGAAUUGGAUGAUGAAUUUCAACGUCACGCUCUCCAAGUCCUUCUUCAUCUUCCUGGACAAGCUUCUCAUGACGCCCCUCCUCCCUCCUCCUGCUCACGCCGCCUUCACCGCCCUCGUCCUCUACCUCCCCAAGAUCGGGGUUCAGCUCUUAACGCCGCUGGCGAGUCGCUGGGGACUGCACCUGCUCAUGUGGCGGGUGACGAUAAGCAUGCUGCUGUCGUGCGGUCUUGCCCUCCUCGUGGGCAUCAGCCACUACAUGACCUGGUGCUCCCUGUACGUCCUGCAAGCCCUCCUCCUCACCAGCUGGGGCUUCUACGACCUGAUCAUGGCGGACGUGAUCGAUGAGGACGCGGUGAAGUGGAGGAGGAGGGAGUCGGUCGCUACCUCCGUCCAUGGCGUCCAGUCGCUGCUCGUCAAGCCUUCGCAGUCUCUUGCUCCGGUCGUCGGCGUCUUCAUCCUAAACUCCUUCGGUCUCAGUAAGGACAGCACCCCUGAAACGUCUCCCCCUCCCCCUCCCCUUGCUGCCUCCGUCGCCAUCUUUGGCCUCUCGUUCGCUCUUCCCAUGCUCUGCUCGGCCCUUCAGCUCGUCAUCUGGUACCAUUACGAUCUCAAGGGCGAGAGGCUGGCAAGGGUGAAGAACAGCUUG